GAUGGCGGCUAUCAACACCGGCGAUUUUCCUAUUCACGGGCUUUUACCUAAGCGAGAAACGGGCGCUGAUAGAUUUUUGGCUAAAUAUCCCGAGUAUGAUGGCCGUGGAAUUGUAAUCGCUGUGUUUGAUACAGGAGUUGAUCCGGGAGCUCCCGGUUUACAGGAAACCCCUGAUGGACGACGAAAAAUAAUUGAUUUAAUUGAUGCCAGUGGAAGUGGUGAUGUUGAUACCUCAACAGUUGCUGAGGCUGUUGAUGGCUGUGUGACAGGACUUACAGGAAGGAAACUGAGGAUUCCAGAUGACUGGGAGAAUCCCUCAGGCAAGUUUUUCAUUGGUGUGAGGAGUGCUUACAGUUUGUUUCCAGCAAAGCUGAGAGAGAGACGAGUGAAAGAAAGGCGUGAGAAGCUCUGGGACCCACCUCACCAGGUGUGCAUCUCAGAGGCAACAAGGAGGCUUGAUCAAUGGGAUGCAGAACAUCCAAAUCCUUCAGUGCAUGAGAAGUUAAUCAGAGAAGAUCUUCAAGCUCAAGUAGAGACCCUUGCCAGUCUUGAAAAGAAUUACUCUGACACUGGGCCUGUUUUUGACUGUAUUGUGUUUCAUGAUGGAUACACUUGGAGAGCUUGUGUUGACACAUCUGAGAGUGGAGACUUAGCCAGCUGUACUCUGCUGGCAAAUUACCGAGAAUCUGGACAGUAUGCCACAUUUGGAAAAGAAGAUUUGUUCAACUACAGUAUCACUGUUUAUGAAGAAGGCAAAAUACUGUCAAUAGUAGCAAAUGGAGGUACUCAUGGCACCCAUGUGGCCAGCAUAGCAGCAGGGUAUUGUCCAGAUGAUCCAGCACUGACAGGCAUUGCUCCUGGUGCUCAGAUUCUCUCAGUUAAGAUUGGUGAUUCAAGGUUAAAAACCAUGGAAACUGGAGCCUCCAUGAUAAGAGGAUUGAUUGCAGUUCAUCAGUACAAAUGUGAUCUUAUAAAUAUGAGCUACGGAGAAGCAAGUCAUUGGCCGAAUUCAGGACGUAUAAUAGAACUCAUGAAUGAACUUGUGGACAAACACAAAGUGAUAUUUGUGUCCAGCGCUGGUAACAAUGGCCCAGCUCUAUCCACAGUUGGAUGUCCAGGGGGCACUGCAGAGUCUCUUAUAGGUGUUGGAGCUUAUGUGUCACCAGACAUGAUGGCUGCUGAGUAUUCUAUGCUGGAAAAACUUCCCGGAAAUCAAUACACAUGGUCCUCAAGGGGUCCAACCACAGAUGGCUCAUUAGGUGUGAAUAUCAGCGCACCGGGCGGAGCAAUAGCUGCUGUCCCCAACUGGACGCUGAGAGGAACACAACUGAUGAAUGGAACAUCAAUGUCUUCACCUAAUGCUUGUGGAGGAGUUGCUCUCCUGCUAUCAGGUCUCAAAGCAAAUGAUAUUGCCUAUUCUCCGCACAGCAUUCGUAGAGCAUUGGAAAAUACUGCCCUUCAUGUGGAAGGACUUGAUAGACUCACCUUAGGACAUGGCCUCUUACAGGUCGACAAAGCGUUUGACUUUUGUCGAGAAUUUUCAAGAGUUCCAGAAAGAGAUGUUAGAUUUCAGAUUUCUUGUUCUUCUGGCAAGAGAGGAAUUUAUCUUCGUGAAUCCAGUCAGCUGUGUAAACCUUUCUUUGAACAAGUGUCUGUGUCAACACAUUAUGAUGAAGAUGUUGCUAACGAUGACAGAUUAAACCUCAACCUCCGACUUAGUUUGGUCAGUUCAGUAUCGUGGGUGACUGUACCGGAUCAUUUUGUCCUCAUGAAUACAACGAAUACAGUGCGCAAUUUCUAUGUCAAGGUUGAUCCUCUGGGUUUGCCGCACGGGGCGCAUUAUGCUGAGGUGUCCGCUUACGACAUUAGCUGUCCACAGCGAGGACCGUUGUUCAGAGUUCCAAUAACAGUCAUUAAACCCAACAGUGUUAGCGAUGUGAACCAUUAUGUGUACGAGUUGGAAGACGUGAAGUUUAAACCCGGACAGGUGCAUAGGAGUUUUGUUCAUGUCCCGGAGGGAGCAACGUGGGCGGAAUUUUCGGCCUUGUCACUUGAAGAAGAAGUCUACGGACUCUUUAUUCUCCAUGCUGUUCAGUUGUCGCCUCUUUCGUCUUUUAAGGAACACGAGUUCCUCCAAUAUAUUCCCCUUUCAUCGCUGAGCGAAAAAACCUUUAGUUUCGCAGUAAAGGGAGGUGAGACGUUGGAGUUGUGCACAGCAAAAUGGUGGGCUAGCUUAGGAGAGUGUGCCGUCAAGAGAAGUGUCACGUUUCAUGGAGUUAAUCCCAGUGAAAAGAGCAUAACACUGCAAACGUCAAAGGUCUGCCGAGUGGAUGUUAAAACUGCUCUGAGGGAGGAACAAAUCAACCCAACUGUAUCGCUCAAGACACAUGCACAGCCAGUCAGACCUUCAGAAUACAAGAUCAACGCGCUUGGUUCGAGAGAUGUCUUGCCGAACGGAAGGCAAAUUUUUGCUUUAACUCUCACUUAUAAUUUUCACCAGUCCAAAGCGGGUGAAGUGAGUCCCAAUGCAACAUACCUGUCUGACUUGUUAUACGAAUCUGAAUACGAGUCUCAACUGUGGAUGAUUUUCGACUCUAACAAAAGGAUGCUGGGAAGCGGAGAUGCAUUUCCUGACCGGUACUCAGUCAAGUUAGAAAAGGGAGAUUACGUGCUGAAGCUUCAGGUUCGACAUGACAACAAAGAUCAACUUGAGAAAUUGAAAGACACCGUCAUCUUACUAGAGCAGAAACUUUCGCCCGCUAUCACUCUAGACACACAUUCCUCACGUCUCGCCGCAAUGAAAUCCACCAAGUUCAAUUCAGGCAAUAAAAGGCCGGGCUCUUGUUGUCCUGUCUACAUAAUGCCUCCAGGAGAUGACAAGAUUCCCAAAGCUGCUAAACCUGGGCACAUCCUGAAGGGAACAGUUUCUUACGUGAAAAGUGAGACUGUAAAAAAAGCGUGCGCUUACCCAGUUCAGUACGUUGUUCCGGCCGCACCUAUUAAACAGAACAGCAAAGCAGCUACCGCCAAACCGGUGGAAAAAGAGAUGAAACAACAGUUUGAGGAGGCAAUGAGGGACCUUAAAAUCUCUUGGAUACCAAAACUUGGUGAUGUAACUCUGUAUGACGAGCUUGCGGAGCAGUAUUCUGAUCAUUUACCGCUACAUGUAGCAAGACUCCAUUUCUUAGACAAUUCCAAAGAUAGACUUCAAAGGCUUCCACAAGUAAUAGUUGCAGCGGAAAAAGUCAUACAAAUGAUAGAUCUUGUUGAGUUGUCCAGUUAUUACGGUAUGAAGACCGACACUCGGCCAGACGCCAUUAUCAUCAAGAGUGAGAAAGACAGCCAAAAAGCUACAUUAAUAGACGCUUUGUGUCGUAAGGGAAUAGCUCUAGCUGACAGGAUACUGGAAAAAUCUUCAGAUAGUAAGGAAACCACAGACGAUGGAGAUGCAAGUAGUUCGGAUGACCAGACGGAGACAGAGGAAGCAAUCUAUGAAAGACUUGAUGAGACUUUCAAGGAACUUGUUAAGUGGAUUGACGCAUCAGACCCUAAGGUUCUGCCGUUUUACAUUCGCCGCGCGCAGGCAAUGAAGCUCUACGGCCUUGCCCUGAAGGCUUCAAUGAAACAAAAUGGCGAUGGCACGCCUAACAGGGUAAACGAUGACAGGAACAUCCUGUUGUUCGAGAAGCUUGGCUGGGAACAUUGUGCGCGACUCACCAGAGAGAGUCUUCCGGUGAAGUAUCCUGCCUCCUAUCAGCCGUUUUAAUGAACACUUUUGCUGUAGCUUUUAUAUCGCUGUUUCAUUUUGACAGGUUUAACUGAAUUAAAUGCACGCGGGCACGUGUAGCACGAAAAGUACUAAAUUUACUUACAUGAUGCACUUCUUUGUAUAUGGACAGUGCUGUUUAGACCUUUCACUCUUGUUCUCAGAUCAAAAUAUCAAUGAAUGAGUUGCCAGUUAUCGAAUCCUUGUGUAUGCGCAAAGAUUUCAGGAAUCGCCACGGGGCAAACAUUGGUAGUUGCUAGAAAGAAAUAUAGCGAUAGGUCUUUUCGACUUCCGAAAAAAAAAAACGAUUUUGGAGAGAGAUCAACGCUUUUUCGCCGCAUUUUCAUCACGCGCAAAUACAAGGAUCCGAUUACUGGCAACUCAUUCAUUCUCUGUAUUGUCUGCCAUACUUUUUUUACUAUUUAAGAAAAGAGAAUUUUGUUUUCAAUCAAUCCGUGUUACGUGGUUGAUAUGUCUGUGUUCUUAUCACUUUUUUACCUGGAAGAAUAGUUUAAUUUGAAGGAGAUAUAACAUAUUGGUCUUUCCUGUGAAAAGGUUAAGUACGCAAUUUUCAAAUGUUGUCAAGGGUAUGUAAAACUGCUUGAUGAACAGAUCGAUUCAAAAAUGAAUCUAAUAAAAAAACACGCUGUUGUCACG